UUGCAAGUUGUAAGGCGGUGUUGAGGGUUAAGUAGUCUCCGCAUUCUCGAAAAACUUCCGACUCGGACGCCUCUUCUCUCUCUCUCUCCUCCCCUUUCCAACCAAAAUCAGAAAACUCCGAGGGUUGCCAAAGAAGAAUCUUCCCCAUCGGAAAUCCCUCUAACCCUAACCCUAAUCCUAAAAUCUGUCAAUCGAACCUCGAAAAUUUCACAAAUAUGUCGUUCAAUCAACCAAAAGAGGACGAGAAUAAUGAGAAUCGUCGUCUCUACAAUCCGUACAAAGACUUAGAAAUCCAGGCCCAGAAGCUCUAUCAGCUUCCCACCCAACCCGAAUUCCUUUUCCAUGAAGAAUCCGUCCGACAAAGCAGAUCUUGGGGUGAGAAUCUCACCUACUACACCGGUUGUGGCUAUCUGGCCGGAGCUUCCACCGGCGCCGCCAAGGGACUCGUCGACGCUAUCCGUACUUCAGAACACGGUGAUACCAUGAAACUCCGUGUUAAUCGUGUCCUGAACUCUUCCGGCCUCACCGGUCGCCAGUGGGGAAACCGCGCUGGAGUCAUAGGUCUCAUGUAUGCUGGUCUCGAGAGUGGGCUCGUUAAGUUGAGGGAUACUGAUGAUGUCAUCAAUAGUGUGGUUGCUGGGCUUGCAACCGGGGCUCUCUUUAAGGCGGCUUCGGGUCCUCGGGCUGCUGCCAUUGCUGGUGCCGCUGGCGGCCUACUUGUUGGAUGUACGGUUGGGAUGAAGCACGCGCUCAAGAGAUACAUCCCAGUCUGACUCGAUUUUGUAAGGUUGGGAGACUUUACAUUUAAUUAUUUGCUAGUUGGAAAUUAAAAAGUUCGCAAAUUUUGUUGUGAUGAAUGAAUUAGUCAAUGCUGCAUUUGUUUGUUUCAAUUUGUGGCGUAAUACGGUUCUUAGUAUAUGAUUUUUCUUCAAUUUCGUAGGUAUUGCUCGGCAUGAUUGAAAUGCAAGCUACUUUUAUGAUGCUGUUAAUUUGUAAAACUUUUUUAGAUGAUCAAUAAUACUACAGAAAAGGCUUAGACUUUGCCUUCUAA